AUGAAUGAUGUUUUGAAUGAGAUUCUGGACGAAAAUCUCCCUAAAUUAGCCCAGAUUUAUCAGAAACAUGUAGACUGGGCACCUCACGUCCUCAGCCUGGUUCACACCGGCAUGAGGUGGAGAAAAUCCCAGAAAUAUCAUCACUGCAUCAAAUUCUUAUCAUUGGGUGAUAGUUGGGAGAAAGAUGGCACUCUUAUCGUCCUGAUGGAGUUCGGUUGUUACGAUAUAUUCGUCUUUACUUUAGACGAAAAAUGUACAAAUUUGCGCCAGGGAUUGGCCCAAACAAAUUUACUAAAUUUUACAAACGGUUCAUUUUUUUGCGUACACGAGAAACACAUCUCCGCUCUUUUGCAAAUUGCCGACGACAAAAACAUAAAACUGUCAUACGCUCCUGAUCCAUAUAUUAUGUUUGUUUUGCCUCCAGAAAUAGAAAUUUCGAUUUACCCUUCUGGUGCUUAUGUUAAAAAACUAGAUGCGACUUUUGCCAAUCAGAUUAACUCAUUUUGGGCGUACGGUGCUCCAGGAUUUGACUUACGCUAUUUAGAGUCUUUACUCGAAAUGAAUGGGGGGUUUGGAGUGUUUUUGGAGAGCACGAACGAAAUAGUUGCGUGGAUUGUGAGACAUUGUUUGGGUCACAUCGGCAUGCUUCAGACUAAAGAAGAGUUCAGGAAAAACGGUUAUGCCGUUCUUGUUACCAAAGUUUUAGCUGAGGAAAUCAGGAAAGACGGGAUUUUUCCGUUUGCUACAAUUCAUUCAAGUAACGCGGCUUCAAUUCGCAUGUUUAAAAAAAUUGGUUUUAGCGCAAUUGGAACUUGUGCAUAUUUGAAUUUUAACAAUAAAUAAUUUAAUUGUG